UUUUAUUAGGGCCUUCAUGAAGUCUUGUGUAGAAAUCCUCAAUUAUCUGAUGCUAUCUUUGAACUUCUAAUGAAUCAUUUUGAAAAAUAUUAUGAGAAAGAUGAAGAAAUUAGUCCACCUCUUAAAUUAGAAAGCUGUAUUGAUUUGAAAUGUGAAGAAAUAACUAUAAUUGAACCUUUACCUCAUUUAUUGACUUGUAUCCAGUUAUGUGUAUCUACAAUAUUACAAAAGACAUCUAAUGAUGAUGAUGAUGAUUGUGAACAAUCUACCUGUUUUAAUUUUUUAAAGUCAUCUCUAGAUCAUCUGACUAAAAGAAUAAUUUCUACUGAUUUCGAAGAUUUUGAUUUGGAUCAUUCUUCCGAUUUUUCAACUGCAACUUCUGUUGGAAAACGAAAUUAUUUAAUUGCAUCUUUAUUAUUAGGGGUUCAUGAAGCAUUAAUGGAAUAUACAUUUUCAACUGGAAAUAUCAGCACAGAAAGUUGCAACAGUAUCUUAUCUCUUUAUAUUGCAUAUAAAAAACUAGAGGAAUUAAUAAAAGAAAAACAGAGUAAUGGAAAAAAAGAAGGGAAAGGAAAAGGGAAAAAAUCCAAUAAUUUAAUGCAUAAAUUACCUACAAGUGUAUUAACAUUAAAAUUUAUUUCUGAUAUUCUUUAUGCUUUAUUUUGUGACGAUAAUUCUGAUCACCAGGAUGGGUUAGUAAUAUUAAGAGGAACUGAACUUGAUUUCUCUCAGCAUUUUGUAAAUUUGGCAUGCAGUCGAAUUGUUCAAUUUCAAGAAAAAGGAAAAUGUAUUGGAAUACGUAAAAAUAGUGAAGAUACAUUCAAAUGUUUUUUUGUUAUUGGGAAAGCACUCUAUCAGCAAAAACAAACAAAUGAUAAUUCUACUUUAUCAUCAAGUUGUUUAAAUUGUUUGAUGCAGUUAUUUACAUUGUUUUGUAAUCAUUAUCCUCAUCAAUUACAAUCUUUUCUUCAAUUUCUUGAACAUUCUUCAUGUGAAGCAGAUAACACACUUCGUUAUUUAAUUAUAAAAUAUAUUGAAAUAUUUAAGAAUUUUAUUAAUUUAUCUUCUUUAAGUGAAAGUAAUCAAAAAGAUACUAUUUAUUAUUUGAAUAUCAUUAGUAUGCUAUGUAAACACAUAAUUCCCAAUGAACAAAGUAAAACUGAUAUUUGGAGCUGGAUAAAAAAGCUUUGUGUAGAUGAGGAAAUAUGUGAAACUAAUGUAGCAAAAGUAUUGUUCUCAUUAUAUCUUAAUCUUGGUCGUCAGGAUGCAGCAUAUGUUACAUUAUUGAGAGAUGUUACUCAUGUCAUUCAUUAUAAACUUGGAGAUAUUGAUGAGGUAAAAUUAUAA